CCGGGGGCGCGCCAGCUCUGGCCGCUGUCUGCGCAUGUGCUUGGCCAGGGCCGCCGGAGCCGCCGCUCGCGGUCGCCGUCUCCGGGGCUCGCCUUCGCCUUCGCCUUCGCCGCCGCCUGCCGGCGCGCGGACUCAGCCGUGCCCGUGCCCGUGCCCGCCGGCGCGGGGCGAGGCGAGGCGGGCGCGCCGCCGGCGCGGGGCCCUGCCGCCGGGCAUGGGGCCGCGGCGGGAGUGAGGGCGCUGCUGCCGCGGCGCUCGCCAUGGCCUGCACCAUCGAGAGGGUCCUGGCGGACGCCAGGACGCUGCUGGAGCGGCUGAAGGAACACGACACCGCGGCCGAGUCGCUCAUCGACCAGUCCGCCGUGCUGCACCGCCGCGUGGCCGCCAUGAGGGAGGCGGGCGCGGCGCCGGCCGAGAAGGGCCUGGGCAGCGCGUCGGAGCGGGCCGGCGCGCCCCGUCUGCGGCCGCACGUGCUGCUGCCCCAGGAGAACACGCAGAUCCGCGACCUGCAGCGGGAGAACAGGGAGUUGUGGAUCUCGCUGGAGGAACACCAGGAUGCCUUAGAGCUCAUCAUGAGCAAGUACAGAAAGCAGAUGCUGCAGCUGUUGCAAGGGAGAAAAGCUGAGGAGGCAGAGCCAGUCUUCAAAGUUCAUCAGGCUAAUUGUCUGGAAAUUGAAAGUCAAAUAGACAGAAUAUUUGAGAUGGGAGAAGUGAUGAGAAAAGCUGUUCAAGUUGAUGAUGAUCAGUUCUUUAAAGUUCAAGAGAAACUAGCUCAGUUGGAGCUUGAAAACAAAGAGCUCCGUGAACUUUUGUCAAUCAGCAAAGAAUCUGUUGAGGUGGGGAAAGAAGAUCUGCCUGACAGUGAAGCUCAGGUCACAAAGUAACCCUUUUUCCAAAUGUUGGCUUCCGAGAAUACCAGGAAUCAACCCUAUAAGGAAGGAUGGUUUGUGUUUUGUUCUUUCAGGUGUUUCCUUGUAUGUUUGUUUUAUCUUUAAAAAUGGGUGGCCUGUUUUCUCUGCAUUUUUCUGAAAGUACAUGCUCUGGUGGCAAAGGCUUGCAUUGCUGCUCAGUCUUAGUAUUUGCAGCAUAUAAAUGCUUAACAAUGAAGUGUUUAUGAUGAUCUACUCUGUUGUGAUAGUUUAUUUUCUCUUAUAAAUGUUGUUUUGGAUCAGCUUUAGUUAAGAAUUCCAACUAUGCAGACAGCACUUAAAUUAUUUCAUUUGAUAGAAACAACAAGAGAGUAUUCGAAAAUUACAAAUGGUAGGCACACAUUUUGAAUACCUAACACAAACAGAGUUUGGCUGGGUUAACAUUCUUACUGGGAAACAAACAUCUUACUAGAAGCAGAUCAAGAGAAUAGAAGAUAAUAGUGCACUUCAAUUAAUAACUCAUAUAAGGGGCAUACUUUGCCUUGAUUUAGAGGGGAAAAUCAGAAUGGAUAGCCCUUUCUCACGCUUCCGCAUGUCAGUGUGGUGUGUCUGCCUAAUGUUCUCUUUUUUCUUGCUUUUUCUUUGUUUUGGGUUUUUUUUUGUUUUUUAAGUGGGUAGAUCUAUUCUGGCUCUACCUGGGCUGCAAGGUGUGUGGAUAUUGGAUAGUUCUGAUCUGAGGCACUGCUCUCAAGCCAAUAGAGUAAGCCCUGCAGAGAACACAGCACUUCCAGAUCAAAGCUGUCUGGCUUCCCACUACUUUGGGCUUCAGGAAGGGUGAGCUCAGGUCAGGCCCAAAAAAAUUAAACCAAAACCAACCAUAUAGACAUGUUUUUAAUGUUAUAUCACAGGUAAGUCUAGUGAUAGAUGUUACGUAGUUAUUGUAAAAUCCCAUAUCGAGUUAAAUCAGUUGCAGUGUCUAAGAAUUUUUCAAUAUUGUGGUACUUAUGACAUUUAUAUAAAGAUUUGUCUCUGUCUUUCUUACUGGUGAUCAAAGGAUAAUCCUUCAAGAACAGCAAGCCUCUCAUUCCCAGCAUUAGUUUAAAUUGUUAUGCCAUUGUUUCCCAAGUGAGAAUUUUGAUAGAUGCAGAAGGUGAUUUAGAUCUUGUGCCUAAGACACAAAGAAAAUUAAGACAUUUCUUUGCCACCAUUUGGAACACCCAGAAAGAUGGUUUGAUAGAGAUGAGGAUUUUCUGUACAGGAAUAUCCUUAUAUAAAGUCAUUUUCUACUUUAAAUUAUCGCUUAAUAGGGAAUAAAAAUAAGUAUGGGCAAUA